AAAAAGUGUGUUAACACUGACCCUCCUCCCAGAGCCAUUUUACCUCUUGUCCGAUGCAGUCAGGAAAGGAAGAUCAUCUCUCCUCCGAUCCUGGUAAACUGAACAUUUCCAGAAUUAGAUCAGCUCCCUGAAGUGUCUCCAGUUAGUCAUUCAUCUAACAGGAUUGACUCUACAACCCUGGGGACUCAUUCUCCUAUGAGGAACUGAAGAUGGGAGAGGUCGGUCUGAUACUGAUCUUCAUCAGCUUGCUGCAAGGAGUGACGUCAGAGGGAUGGUCUAUGAAGGCGCUGCCUCGGAGGGCCAUCAGCAGCUCUUGUGUGGUUAUUCCGUGUAGCUUUGACUUUCCUUCCCACUCUUACACAGCACUGCACGGAGCUUGGUUUAAAUAUUGGUAUAGAUGGAAAUAUACCAUCACAUACACCAAAGAUCCCAAUUAUGGGAUGGCCACAUUCGUGGGACGUGCUAAAAUAAUCGGCGACUUGGAAGGGAAGAAUUGUUCGGUGAGGAUUGACAGUCUCAGAGCUGAAGACAGUGAUGUGUAUUACUUUUACGUGGAUGCGGAGGGCUACACAGAUCACACUUUUACAGAACCAGUCCAACUCCAGGUUCUUGAUGUUCCAGAUAAGCCAGUUAUUGUGCUCCUGAAGGAUUUACAGGAGGGGACUCCUGCACAUAUCAUCUGUAAAUGCCUCUACACCUGCCCUGAUAACCACCCCAAUCUAACCUGGAGUGAAUUGCUGACUUCCUCGGUCAGCAACAUCACAGAGAACGGUGACGAGGUUUCUGCGGUACUGACCUUUAACCCUUCGUUCAAGCAUCACGGACGAACUCUCCGCUGUACGUGUGACUACCCUCAAACCAGCCAUCGCAUGGUCAACUCAGUUAAUCUGAGCGUAAAGUAUUCUCCUCGCAAGACAUCUGUCAGGAUGACACUAGAAAAAGGAAAGAUGAUUUCUCUAAGUUGUUCCAGUGAUGGGAAUCCAGCAGUCCACAAUUUCACCUGGUUUAAGAUCUCCCAAGGCAAGGUGACGAAUCUGGAGCUUGCUGGUCAAACUAUUACAGUUCCUUAUGGAUUUGAUGAGGAAAUCUCCUACUACUGUGAAGCAACAAGUAUCCUGGGCAGUUCCCAGUCUCUGCCCAUUAGAAUUCCCACUGAAUAUUCUCCUCAUAACACAUCUGUCAGGAUGACACUGGAAAAAGGAAAGAUGAUUUCUCUAAGUUGUUCCAGUGACGGGAAUCCAGCAGUCCACAAUUUCACCUGGUUUAAGACCUCCCGAGGCAAGGUGACAAAUCUGGCGCUCGCUGGUCAAACUAUUACAGUUCCUUAUGGAUUUGAUGAGGAAAUCUCCUACUACUGUGAAGCAACAAGUAUCCUGGGCAGUUCCCAGUCUCUGCCCAUAAGAAUUCCCACUAAAUAUUCUGCUCAAAACACAUCUGUCAGAAUGACACUGGCGAAAGAAAAGACGAUAUCUCUAAGUUGUUCCAGUGACGGGAAUCCAGCAGUCCACAAUUUCACCUGGUUUAAGAUCUCCCAUGGAAAGGUGACGGAUCUGGCGCUCGCUGGUCAAACUAUUACGGUUCCUUAUGGAUUUGAAGAGGAAAUCUCCUACUACUGUGAAGCGACAAGUAUCCUAGGCAGUUCCCAAUCUCUGCCCAUUAGAAUUCCCACAGAAUAUUCUCCUCGCAAUACAUCUAUCAGGAUGACACUGGAAAAAGGAAAGAUGAUUUCUCUAAGUUGUUCCAGUGACGGAAAUCCCGCAGUCCACAAUUUCACCUGGUUUAAGAUCUCCCAAGGCAAGGUGACGAAUCUGGCACUCGCUGGUCAAUCUAUUACAGUUCCUUAUGGAUUUGAUGAAGAAAUCUCCUACUACUGUGAAGCAACAAGUAUCCUGGGCAGUUCCCAAUCUCUGCCCAUUAGAAUUCACACUGAAUAUUCUCCUCACAAUACGUCUGUCAGGCUGACACUGGAAAAAGGAAAGAUGAUUUCUCUAAGUUGUUUCAGUGACGGGGAUCCAGCAGUCCACAAUUUCACCUGGUUUAAGAUCACCCAAGGAAAGAUGAUGAAUCUGGCGCUCGCUGGUCAAACUAUUACAGUUCCUUAUGGAUUCGAUGAGGAAAUCUCCUACUACUGUGAAGCAACAAGUAUUCUGGGCAGUUCCCAGUCUCUGCCCAUUAGAAUUCCCACUGAAUAUUCUCCUCACAACACGUCUGUCAGGAUGACACUGGAAAAAGGAAAGAUGAUUUCUCUAAGUUGUUUCAGUGAUGGGAAUCCAGAAGUCCAUAAUUUCACCUGGUUUAAGAUCUCCCAAGGCAAGGUGACAAAUCUGGCGCUCGCUGGUCAAACUAUUACGGUUCCUGAUGGAUUUGAAGAGGAAAACUCCUACUACUGUGAAGCAACAAGUAUCCUGGGCAGUUCCCAGUCUCUGCCCAUUAGAAUUCCCACUGAAUAUUCUCCUCACAACAUGUCUGUCAGGAUGACACUGGAGAAAGGAAAGAUGAUUUCUCUAAGUUGUUCCAGUGACGGGAAUCCAGCAGUCCACAAUUUCACCUGGUUUAAGAUCUCCCAAGGCAAGGUGACGAAUCUGGCGCUCGCUGUUCAAACUAUUACGGUUCCUUAUGGAUUUGAAGAGGAAAUCUCCUACUACUGUGAAGCAACAAGUAUCCUGGGCAGUUCCCAGUCUCUGCCGAUUAGAAUUCCCACUGAAUAUUCUCCUCGCAAUACAUCUAUCAGGAUGACACUAGAAAAAGGAAAGAUGAUUUCUCUAAGUUGUUCCAGUGACGGGAAUCCAACAGUCCACAAUUUCACCUGGUUUAAGAUCUCCCAAGGCAAGGUGACGAAUCUGGCACUCGCUGGUCAAACUAUUACAGUUCCUUAUGGAUUUGAUGAGGAAAUCUCCUACUACUGUGAAGCAACAAGUAUCCUGGGCAGUUCCCAAUCUCUGCCCAUUAGAAUUCACACUGAAUAUUCUCCUCACAACACGUCUGUCAGGAUGACACUGGAAAAAGGAAAGGUGAUUUCUCUAAGUUGUUCCAGUGACGGGAAUCCAGCAGUCCACAAUUUCACCUGGUUUAAGAUCUCCCAAGGCAAGGUGACGAAUCUGGCGCUCGCUGGUCAAACUAUUACAGUUCCUUAUGGAUUCGAUGAGGAAAUUUCCUACUACUGUGAAGCAACAAGUAUCCUGGGCAGUUCCCAGUCUCUGCCCAUUAGAAUUCCCACUGAAUAUGGUGCGGUCAUACUGCCAGAGUCCAGGUGUACACAGUAUCUGACCAACCUCACCUGCCUCUGUCUGGUCCGUGCAAACUCCUCAGUCCACAUCACGUGGGCUCUGCCGGGAAGGACGGUCAGACAGACAGGAUCGGACGGGAUCUACAAGACGGUGUCGGCCAGGGUCGGUCCCUUGGUAACCAACACGCUGACCAUCAGUGGGAGCAACAUGGCCUUUCAGACGGUGAACUGCUCUGUGGUGAAUGAUCGAGGGGACAGAUACUUACAGAGGCGAUUGGAAAUCCAGGCUGUGGGGGAACAAGCUGGAACAAGGUCUGGCCUGAUGUGGAAAAUUGGAUUAGGUUCUGUGGGAGGGGCUGUCCUGCUCAUCACCACGACAAUCGCGAUUUACCUCAUUACAAAGACAUACAGGAGAACGGACAAAAGAAAGAUGAGGAGGAUCUGAAAAUGAAAUCUAACCGCGGAAUCAAUCCUGAUACAGAUGAUGAUCUUUACACAAACUGUGAUUUUGCCGAGGAUUCUGUUUAUGUGAAUGUAUAAACUGAGCAAGAAUGAGACACACACAGUGUGGGGAGAAUACAGAAUGGGAGAAUCAUUCAAAACUCCAAUUUACCUUCCUAAUAUCCACAGGAACUCACUCCCAGGAAAUAGAUUUAAACCUCUUGUUACAAUCUGAUGGAAUUUCUUCGGAAUGAUCUAUCCAGGAUGAUUGUCUGUGGGUUUCAAUUCGAAAAUCCUCCUUCAGAAUUGUCCCUCACUGUUGGAAACAUCCUUCUCUCCAUUCUGAUUGUAAAUGUCUUUAGAUAUCUUUCGAUGAUGUACCAGGACAGAACGGACAAAUUCAAUCCCGUGUCCGUGAUUAAGAGUUAAUUUUCAUUCUGUUAUUCACCUUCCUGUCUGUCAGUGUUUACAGAAUAUUCAUCAGCCAGUGUAGAUUUCAGGAAAUGCACGAUUAGUGGAUAAUUGGAGCAGAGAAGAUAGGAAUAAUUUACUCAGCAUUUUACAGUCAAACUUAUUUUCAGAUAUUUGGAUUUUAUAUUUCAUUAUUAAAUAGCGAAACUAACAACAAUCUGGGAAACAGGGAAACAGAGUUGCUUGUAGAAUUGGGAAAUUCUCUCCAACACAAAGGAAAACCGAGGACCUAGAGUGCCACCACUGGUGGGAGGACAUCAGUACAGCGUGACGUGUUUACAUUGUAAUUGUGGACAGAGGAAAUUAUGAUGUACGUUUUUCAAUACAUCAUAGAUGGAUGAAACACAAUGUGAUUACAGAACAAGCUAAAGCUACAAUAAACAACCAUUUUAGUCUCUCA